AUGGCGGACCACCGCGACUUCUUGGGGGCCAUCGUCAAUCUCGGGGUCACGAGAGACGGGAUCGGGGACAUCCUCGUCCAGGGCGAGCGGGGGGCGCAGGUGCUAGUCGACCCCGUGAUGGCCGAGUUCCUGGCCGGGAGCCUCACCAGCGUCAGGAGCGUCAAGGUUAAGGUCCGGCCGAUCCCGCUGGAGGAGCUCGCCGUCCGGCCGGCAAAGACGAAGGACGUGAGCACCGUCGAGGCGUCCCUCCGCCUGGACUCCGUAGCGAGCGCCGGCAUGGGCAUGAGCCGCAGCAAGAUGUCGGCGGCUAUCAAGAGCGGGUUGGUGCUUGUCAACUGGAAGGCUGCCAGUUCGGGCACGACGAAUGUGAGGGAGGGCGACAUCGUGACCGUCAGGGGGAAAGGCCGGGUCGAGAUCGGGGACAUUACCGUCACCAAGAAGGGACGCUACAAGAUCAACAUGUGCCGCACCACUUGA